UAUACAGCUGUUCAUUAAUAUGCACUGUCCCUAACAAAUAAAUCUAAAAUAAAAUAAAAUAAAAAUAAACUGUAAUUUGACAAUAACAAACGCCCACUAUGUGAAACGUUUUUUCUUUAAAACAAACAAAAAAACAUUGUUAAAGUUAAAGUUAUUACCGUCAUUAUUCUUAUUCUUUAUCAAUACUUUCUUUGCCUUUGUGAUGUAAAAUGAUUAAUUCCUAGCAGGAAAUAUGAAAUGGCAAGAAAAUGGGAAUCACGCCAAGUUUUGUUGGAUUUAAAUUAGUGAAGGACAAGUGAGUCAAGGGAUUAAAAUGUAUCACUCUUUAUGUUUAGUAUUUCAUAAAACAAUAUAAAUGAUCUCUGAUGGGGGGGGGAUAUUAUCAGAAUACUUACAGGGUGGAAAAGCAUCUCAAUGCCGGGAGUGGUGUUUUGUUACAGACUAAACAGAUAGACUAAAUGUUAGGACAUAGGCUACACUCUACAGUCUUUCUUUAGUUUUAUUCUAUUGUCUUUUUCUUUUUCCCAGUAGGCACACGAGCCCAAUAUGUCUCUCGCUUUUUGCGAGACCCUACAUUGGACAAAGUAUUAGUUUCAGUUGGCAUAUCCUAUUACAAGGACAAAAUCACCCUCUGGUGCAAGUCUGCAUACCUCCGAAGAGAAACAGAAUUGGUAUGUGCAGCGCUUGGUUCUUGGCUUAAGUCUGCAGGUCCAACUAGAUCAUGACGUCUACAGAUGAUCAUCCUCCACCCUAUGAGGAUGCAUUGCACCAUCCAAAGUAUGGAAACUACCCCUAUCAGCUACAACAUGGUUCCCCUCUUCCACCACCUCCACCUUACAGUCCCGGUCCUGGCAUGUGCCCUGGUCCACCUUGCUACUGGGGCCAGGAAGGGAUCCACUCGCAUGCAGAGAUGAGAGAAAUCCCGGGUUUCUCUGCAUCCAGAGCACCCAAUACAAUACCAACUCUGUCUACUGGAGUGCCGACAUCCAACCCAGGAGAUGAUUACUUGAGCACUCAGUGGGAAAGCAUUUCAAUUCGGCAUGCCUUCAUAAGAAAGAUUUACUUAAUUCUAGCAACACAACUAGCCAUCACCUUUUCCGUUGUUGCCGUCUUUACAUUUGUUGACCCAGUAAGGCUGUUUGUCAUCAGAUACCCUUGCAUCUAUUGGGCAUCUUUUGUGGUGUAUAUUUUGGUUUAUUGCAUUCUCAUUUGCUGCGAAAAGCCAAGGAGGCAUUUCCCAUGGAAUCUUUUGCUGCUGGGAAUAUUUACGCUGGCCUUGUCUUACAUGUCUGGGACAAUUUCAAGUUAUUAUGAAACAAAAGCCGUGUUUAUUGCCAUGGGAAUAACAGCGAUAGUUUGUAUGGCUGUCACAAUCUUCUGCUUUCAAACCAAGGUGGACUUCACCUCAUGCGGAGGAUUUCUUUGUAUAACUUCCGUUUUGUUCAUGAUCGUUGGGAUUGUUACAGCCGUCAUCCUCUCCUUUCAAUAUGUCCCUUGGCUGCAUAUGCUCUACGCUUCUAUUGGAGCUAUUCUUCACACUUUGUUUUUAGUAUACAACACCCAGCUUCUUAUUGGAAAUCAGAAGUUGGCCAUCUCCCCUGAGGAAUACAUCUAUGGGGCUCUCUCUCUCUACAUUGAAAUUGUUAACAUCUUUCUCUUCAUCUUACAAGUCAGUGGAGUGGCUUCUGACUAAGCCAGUGGCUGGAGCGCAUUUUUGUUAACAUUUAACAAUUUGCAGAAUAUUGUUUGAUUUUACACAUGAUGCUACAAAUACACAAGUCAGUCACAAAUGGUGUUUAUUACCAGAUGUAAAUGUUGAAAUCUGUUCCAAACCAAAACACUUGUUUAAUUGAAACAAGGCAGUGAACUGAGUGUUCCACUUAACUGUGAAUGUGGAGGAAAAUUUGUUUUAGGAAAGUCUUUAUUGGUAUUUUAGUGGAUCAUCCUCCUGUUGUUACUUGUCCAACUGUUGUUUUUUUUGUUUGGUUCCUCCACUAUGUAAAGUAUUCUUAGGUCCCUUGAAAGGCGCUAUAUAGAUUAAUUCUCUAAUAUUAUUAUUAUUAGCAACUCAGAAAUACAUGCAGAAACCAUUCAAAAAAGAAGACCAAUUAAUUGGACGUUCUAGAAGUAAGUUUAUUUAUGAUAAUUCCUCAAAUUACUUACAAAACAGGCAUACAGCGGGAGACACGAAACAUUAGUUCUUAUUCUCUGCUGGAAAAGUGUGGUGCUUAGAUAUUCAUAAGAGUACUUUUAAACAGAUAGAUAAACAAUAAUUCGAUCAAAAGAUGUUUAAGUGCCUGCAGCUAUA